UUUCAAGACAAAUAUUGUUACUGGAGAAGAAAUACCAUGUCCAGAAAUUGGAGACAACAAUAAAAUUAAUAUAACUAAAGAUUUUUUAACAUUUUUCGAUUGGUCUUUUGAGAACAUGGCUAAUUAUUCAAUGACUGUACAAAGAGCAGUUGAAAUCGACAUUAAUAAUACAAAAAAAAGUUAUGAAAAUGAAAAUAAUAAUGUUGAAAGUAAACAAUUAAUUUGUUACAAUUCAUUUGAAAAUAAAAUUACAACAAUUCAUGAAGAAUGUCAAUCAACUAUCAAAAUUUGUACUCAAAAGAAUUUUAAUAAAUAUCAUCAUUGCAAAAAUACUAAUUUUCCUGAUAAAAGACAAACAAGAUCAGUUGAGAUAUCAAUAAUUGAAGAAAAAUUAUUUAACAAAACUGGAUGGAAUAAAAAAAUAAUAGAAUUUGUUAAUUUUUGUGCUGAUGUUAGCCAAAGCCAAACAAAUUGUCUCACUAAAGCUGUUGCUAAUUUUAAUGAAAAAAUUAAUUUAGCAAAAAAUAUAUUAAAUGAUUGUAUCAAAACAUUAUCACACUGGAAUCCACCAUAUGCUGAUAUACCACAUUAA